CCCAACAUUAGUCCGCAUGCGAUAUCCAGGGACCUCACUGUGUAUCCAAGAGAGCAUUUAUAUGUCAUGGUGAAGGCCAAAUUUGGAGAGGAAUCCAAAGAAUAUGUUUCUGACAAAGAAGAGGAAGCCAGUGAUGAUGAGGAGUAGGAGCCUAUUGCUGAAUUUAGAUUUGUGCCUAGUAAUAAAACAGCUUUGGAGGCGAUGUUCACUGCAAUGUGUGAGUGCCAGGCGUUGCAUCCAGACCCUGAGGAUGAAGAUUUAGAUGAUUCUGAUGGUGAAGAAUAUGAUGUGGAAGCACGUGAACAAGGCCAAGAGGAUAUCCCUACUUUUUAUACCUAUGAAGAAGGAUUGUCUCACCUAACAGUGGAAGGCCAAGCCACUCUGGAACGGUUAGAAGGGAUGCUUUCUCAGUCCACGAGUACUCAGUACAACAUGGGUGGCGUCCAGACAGAAGAUUGCUUAUGGGAUUAUGAAGAUGGGAUUGAGGUAGAUGCUGCUCCCGCAGUCACUGGACAGUUUGAGGAUGCAGAUGUGGACCACUGAGAUUCAUUCGUGUGCUUUGAGAUUCUGCUCAUAACUAUGGGAGAGAACUUGGUGCUGGUGCCUUUUCCAUUGUGGUUGGGUAUUGAUGAAAGUCUUUUUCCGUCUCCAUGUUCUUCUGAACCAGUUUUUUUUUUUUUCAGAAUAGACAUACAGAGACAACAUGCUGUCAUUAUCAGAAGAAACUUUGACCAUUAUUUUCAAAGGUGAAUUAACUUUAUCAAGAGGGUAUUUGUAGUUUAUGAUUUACUCAAAACAUUCUGUCUAGGUGCCCUCUGAGUUGGCCUGUGAUUCCCUGACUCUGCAUUUCUGGAAUGUGGCAGACCUAAGAGGUGAAAGCAUAGGAGGUAGGGUGUAGAGAGGUUCUGUAGAUGGGUUGGAAAGUGAAAGAAGGGAAUAUAAUACACAUUUAGACUUAAGGUUCACCCUUGAACUAGGAAGAGGUCUUCCAGCAGCUUGGUCUUGGGUUGUCUUCACAGGAGCGGCCCAUUGACUGGCUGUAGCCUGGUCCUCAGUACUCUGCUUACCCUUCACUGUACUGUGCUUGCAGCUUGGCUGUACGUCCUUUAACACCAGGCCUGCCCAGACUUCCUUGAGUAGGUCACAGGGUGUUUGUCUGUCCUAUCCUCAGGGCUUUUGAUUUCUAGCUUCUGUUCAUUUUAUGGAACAGUAUAGUGAAGAUAGGGUCAAGUCCUCCAAGGAAUUCAGGUGAUAACCGUAUUUGGUCUUUGUAAGAGCUUAACGAAUAAAUCUAGGUUUUCUAUAAAAAAAUAA